UCAAGCGGGACCAUUGGUGCAUCAAGAAAGUUGCUCUGCAUCGGUCCAAUCACGCCAUUCUACUAUCAGUCAGGCCUAGUACUGUACCUAUGACAUGCGGAAUCAUCAUGGACGACAGGACCCUUGCAAUGGUCCAGGGCCUUUUUGCGAUGGUCUUUGGGGCCACUUUGCUGACUCUCUUAAGUGAGGCUCAGGUCUUUCCAAGGCGCUGCUUUUGCCACAGCGGACCUGGUGCCUAUGGCCUAUGCGAGGCAUGGCAGGAUUGCCGUACUGUCAUCAGUUUUUUGAUGGGUGCACUAGUUUGCCAUUGUGCACGCACCUCCAGAGGCGAAGAUGGACGGCGGAAAGGGGGUCUUCACGUAUCUCUCUUUUGGUGACGUGGCUGGUAGAGGGCCCAAGUCACUAUACGAGGACAAAACAGCCUCGUGAAUCCACCUGGAUUCGCAUGUCGCCUUGGCUCAGACCAAAGGCCGGGCUUUAGCGGCUAGGCAAAAACUAGGCAGAAACUAGGCAGAUUUUGGAUAGUUUUGAACAGCUGAAGCUUGCCCUCUCUGCGUAUUCAGCUAAAAUUCAUUCUGUGGAUUGGCUGACGCAGCAGAUAGAUUUGGAAGCACGCUGUGAAUAGCAGUAGAAUUUCCUAAUCUUUUUGCAUGGUGUACAGGCCUUAUCACAAAUCAAUACAAAUCAUUGUUCCCCUUUGACUGGGCACAGGAGCUGACGAAAGUGAUUGACCACGAACCAAUGAAUUGUCAAAG